ACUUUGGCGAAUCGUAUUCCACUAAAGACGAGAUCCUCCUGCUGUCUUCGACCAUCAGCCGGAAGUCAUCGACGGCACAGCCCUCCUCGCCGCCCCUGUCCUAUCGCAGUGAGGAGUUCGAAUGUGUUGCUCCGGUGCAAAAUCAUCAUCACCAACAGCAGCAGCCGCAGCAGCACUACCAACCGAAAUAUCACCCAUGUGAAUCGAACGAAACUACUCGCUACUGUCAGCAAAGAAACGGCGACUACAACGACUACGAGCAGCAGAAGCUGAGAGAAGACCACGAAGCCAACGGUUCCAAGAUGUACGAUAUUUUGGUUGUAAACAAAAAUUACGAUGCCGAAGGACCCGACUCGAUCUCGGUACGGGUGGGGGAUCUGGUCGAAGUACUGGAAAUGGGCGAUUCGACAGCGAACAGUGCAGCUAAAAAGCCAAAGCUAGAUCCACAACUGAACGUAGGCAAAACCGAACGCCUGCUGGACAGUUCCCUCUCGAAGCACAAACUGGCCGUCAAACCGAAAAAGAAUCAUCACAGCUCGCACAGGAGAAGUGUCAGUCCACAGCCACCACAGUAUCAGCCAAAACCAAAUGAAAAGUGGAAAGUACGAAUUUUCGACGGGGAUGACAAUGCCAAAGCAGGCUGGGUUCCGGUAUCGGUGCUGGACAUUAUGCACACCGAUCAAGCCGUGUUCGGUGAGAAAGCCAACGAUGCCGCAUAUCGCAGAGAAGCUGUCGUUCGAGAGCUGAUUGAAACUGAAGAAGAGUUCGGCAGGGAUCUGCGACAGGUCGUCGAACGUUACAUCAAAUACAUCGACAACCCGGACAACAAAAUCCCGCGGCAGAUUCGCGAUCACAAGGACGAUAUCUUCAACAACUUUAAACAGAUCGCUGAUUUUCAUAACACAGUACUGAUCGAGGGUGUUAAGUACAAUGCCAACAAUCCAAAAAUGAUUGGCAAAACGUUCCUGCGGUUGGAGCGCGACUUCGACAAGCACGUUCGGUACUGCCGCGAUGCGCCGGUCACGCAGGAGUUUCUGGCCAACAACGAUUUCGUGCGGGACUUUUUUAUGGAACUCUCCCUGAACCUCAACGACGAUAAGAGUCUAUCAGAACACCUUAAGCUACCGAUCCAACGUAUCAACGACUAUAAACUAUUAUUCAAGGAGCUUCUGAAAUAUUCCACCGCACUUGGCGAAAAUGUCACCGAUCUCCAGAAGGCCCUAGAGUUGAUGCUCUCGGUGCCUAGUCGUGCGAUCAACAACAAAUACUUGGAUAGUAUCGAAGGUUUCCGUGGCAACCUACAGAAGCUAGGCCGGGUGCUCGCUCACGAGUACUUUGGAGUGAAGGAAAAGGACGGUAAAAUCAAGGAGCGCUAUCUUUUCCUGUUCAAAUCGCGCAUUCUUAUCACCAAAGCGAAACGCUUGUCAGACGAAAAAUCGAUCUUCCUACUCAAGGAGAUCGUCAAACUACCCGACGCACAGAUCAAGGAAAUCGAUUUCCGUGUCUUUGAGAUACAGCAAAAAGGAACCGAUACCGUACAUCUGAUCGCAUACUCCGAGGAAGCUAAGCAACGCUGGACCUACGAGAUCGAGGAAUACGCCAAAAACGCAGUUGCGCUUCAGGAGCACACCAACGACGAUUUGCGAAUUGAUCCAACCCAGACCAACAUCGACGACAGCAUCAUCAAGCUACCGCAACGAGUGGAAGCACACAAAAGUGACGAAAACAUCAAACCAUCGGAUUUCGCCGAUAGCUACGUAGUGUUCAAGCAUAAAGCACAUCGCGAGGAAACUCAAUCGGUGCAAAAGACUGCAAGUCAGGAAGUUGUUACAGCCGAAGAGGAAGAGGAGAAAUCUGCUAGUGUUCAGGAACGUCUCGCGGCGUUUGAAGUGAAAAAAUCCUCUAAGAAGCUUGACAUUUCUGCUAGUAAACAGGAGACCGUCCACCAAAAACAGGUCGAGCAGGUAGUUAAGCAGACCAGUACGAAAGUUCAAGAAAACAAAGCUGCUUCCGUGCAGGUGCAAAGUACAUCGGUUAAUCAGGAAUCAAAGGUUGUAAGCCAAUCGAAGACCCAAGAAUCGAAAAGCACAGCAGUUAAGCGUCAACAGGAGUCACAGUUAGAGUCUCAAGCUAAAGUUCAAGUACAGGAAGCUAAAGCGACCGUCAAACGACAGCAAGAGAUUCAGCUAGCGACGCAGACAAAAGUUCAAGUAGUUGAAACGAAAACUGCAGUAUCUACGCAAGAAGCUGUAGCAAGCGUAAAGCAAUCCUCAUCUAAUCAGCAACAGCAAAAAGUCCAAGAGACCCAAGCUGUUGUCCAAGAGCAAAAAUCUACCUCUAAAAUCGCCCAGAUUGAGUCGAAAUACGCUUCGUUGAAGAAGAAGCAAGAACAGACAUCGGUAACCGAUAUAGUAAGCGAAACUGUUCAGGCCACUACCACUACUGCAAAGCAGGAAUCCGUCCCAAGUUCCCCGAUCGACGCCGAUUCUAAGAUCAAGCAGAUUGAAUCGAAGUACGCUGCUCUCAAGCAGAAACAACUAGAGCAGAAAUCCGACGAAGUGGACGCCAAAUUUCAAAUUGUAGAAAGCAAGUUUGCAGCCCUCAAGCAAAAACAACUGCAACAUCAACAAAAGCAUCAGCAACAAUCGCAGCAAAUUGAAGCAGCUGAACCUCCGUCAAAGUUACAGCAGAUUGAGUCGAAAUAUAAAAAGCUAGAACAACACUCGGUUGAAUCCUCAUCGCAGGAAACUGUGACAGUAGCUGUUGUUCAGGAACAACAGCAAGAACUAUCUAAGCCACUUUCGAAGUUAGAACAACUUGAAUCCAAGUACGGCAAACACAAGAAACCUCAACCAGAACCCGAAGAAACCACUUCAGUAUCUGAGGCGGAGCCAUCGAAACCACCUUCCGUCGAAGCCGCUCCGCAGAGUUCCGAGCAGCUAACAAAGAUCCAGCAAAUUGAAUCAAAGUACGCGGCCCUUAAACAGAAACAACAACAGUCGCAACACCAGGAACACUCGGUUCAAGAGGUUCAAGUGAUUGAAACAAAAACUAUCUCCGACCAGCACGAACAACAGUCGUCAUCAAAGCUAGCGCAGAUCGAAGCCAAGCUCACAGCUCGCCGGCAAUCGUUCCAGAAGGAACAAGAAAGCGCAGAGGAAGUCAGUAAAGUACAAGAAUCUAAACUUCCGAUCGCCGUAAAAACAGUUGAGAAGAAAGAAGAGAAACAGUUUACAGUGAAGAAGGUUGAAGCUGUUAAGCUUCCAGAAAUACCGAAGAAGUUAGACGAUAAACCGGAAGAGAAGAAGGCUGAGCCGGAACUUGGAAAAGGCAAGGUUGACAAGAAAGAUCGCCCUAAGCUAAAAAUUCCUGCACCCGAAAAGAGCGCUGAUUCUGCUCUCGAAGGACCCAAAUCGAAGCCAGUAGAGUCUCCGAAGACUCCAGUUAAGACUGUCACUAGUCCAAAGUCGCCUGAAAAGAAGGUUGAAUCGGUGAACGUUAGCGAAAGUCGAAAGGAGGAACCUCCAAAGAAAGUUGAAACUCGAAAAACACCAAUCAAACCAGUAGAGCCGAUCAGGACUCCAGAAUCACCGAAGACACCAACGAAAUUGGUAGAACAACCUCCUAAAACACCGACGCCGGUUGUGUCAGAUAGUCCGAAACCACCAGAGAAGAAGGUUGAUUCGGUGAGGAAUUCGAAUAUUCCGAAAACACCAACAAAAUCGGUCGAACAGAAGGUCGAAGCACCAAAAACUCCAACAAAACCAGUCGAACAGAAGCUUGAAGCACCUAAAACACCAACAAAAUCAGCCGAACAGAAGGUCGACGCACAUAAAACUCCAACAAAACCGGUCGAACAGAAGGUCGAAUCACCUAAAACAUCAACAAAAUCGGUCGAACAGACAGUCGAAGCACCUAAAACACCAACAAAACUAGUGAAGAAGGUUGAGCCGAUCAAGACUCCAGAACCACCAAAGACACCAACCAGUCCGGUGGAACAGCAGAACGAGCCUCCUAAAACACCGACGAAACUAAUUUCAGAUAGUUCGAAACCCUUGGUGAAAAAGGCAGAACCAGCUCCGACUAAAGCUCCCGACAGCCCAAAACCAACUCUCGAUAAGCCCGUAAAAACUUUAGAUAGUCCGAAGCCUACAGUCACAGGUCCCACAAAGACCCCGGAUAGCCCGAAGAGCCCCACGAAGGCGCCGGAAAGUCCAAAGAUAGUUGAGAAGAAACUACCCGAAAGUGCGAAGCCACAGCCAGAAAGUUUAAAAUCCUCACCAAAGGCUACGAAAACUUUGACCAAAGCUCCAGAGAGCCCAGAACCGGUCAACAAAAAGCUACCGGAGAAGAAACCAGAACUAGAGAAAACUUUGCCACCCAAAAGGGUACAAAGUGCUACAUCUGAAAUCAGCGAGAAGAAGCCCAAGGAACCGGAGAAGAAAUCUUUCGAAGCCAAGAAGAUCAAUUCAGUUAAGUUACCAGAACUACCAACUAAGACCAGAGCAGAUUCCGCUAGUGUAACAGGUUACGAUACUCUAGUAGCGGUUGACGAACCCGUUUCUUCCCUAGAAAGUCUAGUAGAGCAGAAAUCUAGGGAGGAGAUACUUAAGCGUAAACUUGACGAAAUCUAUAUCAGAGAACGAGCCGCACUUGUGGAAGCGAAACGCACUCGACAAGCCGAAGAGGAAGAAAUCAGAAGAAAAUUUGAGCUGAAAAGCAAGCAGGAAAUCCAACAGAUCAAGGAGACCGCAUCUGAACUGCUCGAGCAAAUUAAGGCUACUAAGGAGUCCGUUCAGUGCGUACUAGGUGACGGCGACAAACCGGCGGCUGCUUCUAGGUUACCCAAGGUCACACAGGCAGCGGACAAUAAUUCCGAUUCCCAAAAUCAGCGAAGAAGAUCGUCGCAAGGCGGGAGUAGACGGGCGUCAGGCCAACAAGAAGAAGAAUCUGGUGGAGAUUCUGGUGAAGGAGUAGAGGAUAAUCAGGAAGGAUCAGGAGAAGAUAGUGGAGGAAAAAGAACUCCACCACCACUUCAACUACCGACGUUCUUUGAUCCACCGCCUCCACCAGUUUAUCAGGCUACCAUUGAAGUAUUCAUCAAGAAGGAACGUCCACCACCGCCACCUCCACCGAAGAUAACCAGGAAGCUAGUGGUCAACACAGACGAGUUAGACCGAAAGACGCAACUGUUCUUCGAAGGUCACAUAGAACUCCCCGAUCCAGACUUUUCAACAGCAGCCGCUCACCGUAAAGUGAAAGGUAUUAAACAUCUUUUCGGUAAGACCGGUGAGACUGUUCGUUACGCCGAAGAUACCAUCCAGAAAGCCGAACAGGGUGAAUUUGAAAGUAUUAUCAUCCCUGAAGAGGAGAAUCUCAAACCCAAGGAACCGGUUUACGAGUAUCAAUACACCGUAGAAGAUCCGAUAACUGGGGAAAUCAUUUGCACAGCCGAUCCUAACCUCGAACAUAUCGAGAAAAGACGCAAAAUGGAUGAACAAUAUUCUUCCAAACACUCCACACACCGAUACUCCUCGCGCAAGAAUCGAACCCUAGAAGCGCAACUCGAGGAACUAGCAGAUUUCCAAUCCAAGCACGAAGAGAAGAUGUCGGCGACUCGAACUGACGUACUGCGGGUGCCAACCAACAUAAGACCCCGCUUUUUGAAGGCAAUUCAUGCCCUAAGCGUCGAGCCCGGCGAGAAUGCAAGUUUCUCUUGUCAGCUAGAUGAACGCUCGAACGUUCAGUGGCUUAAGGACAACAAGCCACUGGACGAUAAGCUUGCGGAUCGCAUCAACAUGCGCGAAACCGAUGAUCUUACGUACUCACUGGACAUUCAACACUGUCGCGAAGAGGACACCGGUACCUACACGGCCCGCGCCAUCAAUGGAACCGAGAAUUCCUCCUGUACGGCGCAGUUGAUCGUGGAGAAACUUACCGCCGAACAGAGGAAAGCCUUAGCAGAAACAAAUGCCCCGGUGUUCAUCGUCAAACUGAAGGACACGGAAGUCGUUGAAAAGACCUAUCUCACCUUCAUGGUUAAGGUUAAGGGUGAUCCUAAGCCAAAGAUUCGAUUCUGCAAAGACGAUCGCGAGAUUACAGACACCGACAAGCGUAUGAAGGUCGUUCGCGACCGUGAGGACAGUGGAUACUACGAGUUGAUUAUUCCCGAGGUACACAAGGGCGACUGUGGUGUCUACUCGUGUACGAUCUACAACAAGUUCGGUAGCACGAAAACCGAAGCGCAACUGCUAGUGACCGACCAGCGAGAGCUAUUCAAUGAGCUGGACACUCUCGAAGACAAAAGCAAAUUCGUUUGGAGAAAGAACGGUGUUCCCUUCGAUCCUGAGGAGCGUUUCAAGGUGCUGAUGGCUGAAGAUUCCGACUCAUUGGCGCUUGUCUUCCAGCACGUGAAACCAGAGGAUGCUGGACUCUACACUUGUGUUGCCGCUACCGCUUCCGGCAAUAUCCAGUGUAGUGCUGAACUGACGGUUCAGGGACAGGUCAACCAAUUGAUGCAGGAGCCAACCAAGCCGCACUUGAUUGUAGAAUCGAAGGACGCACUGGCGCGAAUUGGCGGUAAAGCUUUGCUAGAGAUGAAAGUCCACGGCUAUCCGAAGCCGGAGCUCGUCUGGCGUCACGAAGGCACCAUUAUCGAACCGGGUGAUCGCUUCAAGUUCCUCUACGAGGAUGCUGAGUCUGUAUCGCUGGUCAUCAGGGACGUACAGCCCUCAGACGCCGGUGCCUACUCAAUCGUUGCGCAGAACGAACUUGGCGAAGACUCCACCUUUAUCAACCUGAUCGUCAAGUGUCCACCGAAAAUCGUGAAACCACAUGACAUGUCCGCUAUGGUCGGCGAGCACUAUAAGAUGUCCAUUGAGGUUGACGCCAUUCCGGAAGCUACCGUUCAGUUCUACCGCAAUGGCAAGCUGAUCAAGGAGAAUGAUCGCAUCAAGUUCUUGACUGCCGAAAAUUAUCACAUUAUUAAAUUGAGCCCAGCUGCAACGGAAGAUGCCGGUAACUAUUCGAUCAUCGCCACUAACGAAAUCAGUCAGGCUACCGAGUUCUGGGAGUUCACCAUCAACUCACCACCGCGUGUCACCCAUAAGCUGAACGCGGAGAGCAUCGUCAACGAGAAGGAAGACAUCGAACUCUACAUCAAGGCCGACAGCAAUCCGCCUCCGAUCGUUCGCUGGUACAAGGACGGCAGGGAAAUCUUCGCCGACGGUAAAAGAAUCAUCAUAACCGAAGAGGAUGGUCGAUUCACGCUGAAGAUUCACGCCGCGAACCGGGACGAUACGGCCAAAUACACUGCCGAUGUUAUCAACGACUACGGCACGAUAACGGAGCGCUGUCAGGUGAACGUUAACACCGACUCGAAGGUUCGUGAACCGCUGAAUGCCAUCACGUGCAAGGAAGGCGAUACCAACAUAAUGCUGGCGGUGAAAGCUGAUGGUUACCCCAGACCGACCGUACAGUGGUAUAUCGACGGCGUUGAGAUAACGGAGUCUCGUAACGAGUUCCGAGUGGCGGAAGAAGGCCUUUACUAUAAAUUGUUCAUUAAGGAAGCUAAAGCUGAACUGCAGGGUAUCUACAAGGCUAAAUUCACGAAUGUGUACGGUUCGGAUGAGUGCAGCGCCAAAACAACGGUUCAGUGUACUCCUAAGCUUCGUAAGCCUCUUACCGAUACAGAGGUGGACGAAAACACCACGCUGACUCUGGAGGUCGAAAUCUAUGCGGAGCCUGAACCGGAAAUUACCUGGUAUAAGAACGGGCAACCGGUGCAAACCGAUGCGAGGCUGACGAUUAAGCGGGAUUCGCAGCGCGUCGAAAACUACACUCUUGCGCUGACGAUGGUUCGCGGUGCGGACUCCGGAGACUACGAAGUGCGUGCCGUUAACUCAAUGGGAACGAUUACCAGCAAGUCGAGGGUCGUUGUGCAAAAGGCCCUUGAAUCGAGCCCCGGUGAGAAUGCCGAAGCACACCGCAUGUUCAGCGAGUGUACCAAAAUCGGCCAGAACGGGGAGACCAUCAUGAUCUCGGUACAUACCGAAGAAAGCCAUGCCGCCAUCGUAACAGGCCCAGAAGCAUCCCACUCAAUCCAUCAGAUGCGCGCCACCACCAUCAUAUUCGAGGAAGACAGUGGAUCCCCGUUGGAAGCACCUCAGCGAAUCAUCUACCCUAAUAAACCGCACGCUUCGGCCUUACACGUGGAAGAAAUCGACAGUAUCACCUUCCAGUCGCCGGAAGAAACCGCCAAGUACCACAAUCUGUCGGUCAACGAAUCUUUCGGUACGCGGUUGAUUAUUGAAGAACUAGAAUCUGACAACGAGGCAACAAAUACUACCGGCAAGUACUCCCGCGGAGUCUCCAUCACUUCCGCAUCAGAUGACGAACUGCUUUCGGCUCAGUCUAGCCGAUUAGAACCAGAAGAAUCCGAAUUGCAACGAUUCGAGUCGACUACUAAGAUAACUCAAUUGUUGAAUGAUGUAGAAACAUCUAGCCGAGCCGAGUCAGCCAUGGGACUGGAGAAACAACAGCUGGAAGAACUUGAUACUGAUAAGACGAAGAAGGUUCACUUCCAAGAUGAUAAAACAGAAGAAGCGAAGAAAGCUCGAAUGCUGGAGAAACAAGACUCCACUACGGAAAACGUCGAAAUCGACGAGAGGUGCACUAAAGUUAGCAAUGACGCAGUAACUUCGAAAACGGGCAAACUCCUAGAAAAAUCAUGCUCGGAAGAAGUUACGACUCCGGAAGGACCUAGACCUGUUGAGCUCUCAGAAAUCAGCGAUACAGAAGGUUUCAAAAAGAUACUCACAAAAGAGUCUGCAGACUCCAAAACAAUCGACGAUGAAGUACAGGCACACUUGAAGGAUGUUAACGGCUUAGACGCACUAAAGGCUCGAACGUUGCAGAAGGAAGCAGCUGAAGAAGUCAGUCAGAAUGAGUUCAAUGUGCAAGAUUCAUCAUCAACUGAUGCGACCGCCAAAAGAAGUCUUUCGAAACAGGAAACAAAGGAGGAAGAAAUGGAAACAUCGACCAAACUCAAGAAAUUGGAAGCUGAAAGUCCGACGCGUCCAGAAGCCUCGCCGGAGAUAUUCAAGACCGAUAUUGCUGAUGUCACGACGUUCGACUCCCUUCCACUGACCUGGUUCGUGGAAGCAGAUGGCAUCCCGAGACCGACCGUCACCUGGUACCUCAACGGAGUCGAGGUCAAAUCAAGUGACCGUAUUCGAAUCAGCGAUUCUGGGACUACCUACAAGAUCGAGAAUCGAGACGUCAAGGAAGCUGACGCCGGCGAGUGGAAAGCUGUAGUGAAGAAUCGCAUAGGAGAAAAGACGCUACCGUGUAACCUCACGGUUAUUCCUUGCAAGGAAUAUCGCCGGCCGAAGAUCAGCAAGGGUCUGGAGAACAUCAGCGUUAACAAAAACGAACCGAUUACUAUGACCGUAACGCUAACAGCCGAUCCGGAACCGGAAAUCAGUUGGAUCCAGAAUGGAAUCGAAGUACAUGCUGACAAUUUCGUGCAAAUGAAGACCGAAAUCAAGGAGCUAGAGUACAACCUCAAGGAGAUCACCUACACGUUCUACAUCGCGGAAGCUCGUCAUUACGACACGGGAGAUUACACGUUCCGUGCGAAGAACAAAUACGACAUCAACGAGUCCAACGGACGUUUGGAUGUGUUGUUGAAGCCGGAAAUCGAGAAUUUCACCGACAUCACGGUAAUGCCGUUUACACAGGGUGUCUUUCAGGUACUGGUCAAGGCUAACCCCAAACCGAAAGUUACCUGGACCAAGGACGGUAUCAAUCUGUGCAAUGUCGACAACUGCGAUGUAAUUGCUGAUGUUGAGAAGGAGAUCUACACCUUGCUAGUUGAAUCGUGCGCCCUGGCUGAACACGGUACCUACACACUGACCGCCGUCAACAGUUUCGGAGAAACGGUGGCCGCAGCUAAACUCAAUGUUCACACUGAGAAGCCAAAGUUCAAUGUCGAACCGCAAAGCAUGAAUGUUCACGAUUGGGCCGACGUUUACAACAAGGUCGUAGUCGUGGGCGUUCCACGUCCAUCCAUUCAAUGGUUGCGUAAUGGUACUCCGUUGAAUCUGGAAGAAAUCGAUGAGGAAACGGGUGAAGCGAAGGUCAAAGUGGUUACAUCCGGUGAUACCGAGGUGACCAGCGAGUUGUUCAUCACCCACUUCGGACCGGAAUGGCAGGGAGAUUACUCCUGUCUGGCUUCGAGCAUCGGCGGAGAAACGGAAGCGAAGUUCAUGAUACUGGUGAAAAAUGAACAACCCGUAUUCGGCAAGGGCCUUGACCGAACCAUGGAUUUGGAGGAAGACGAUCGUCUCGAGCUGUCCUGUAUCGUUGACGGUAGUCCACUGCCCAAGAUGACCUGGUACAAGGAUGGCAAUGAAAUCACCCCGGAUAAUCAUGUCAAGAUCACCCACGGACAUGAUGGUCGCUGCCGGUUGAUUAUCGAAAAGGUCGAUCCAGGGGACAGUGGCUGCUACAAACUGGUUCUAUCGAACAAGAGUGGUGACGUUGCUACCCAGAGCUCGGUCGCGGUUACACCCAAGCAAAGAUAUCCGGUAUUCAUUCGACCGUUGCAAGAUCAAAAAGUUGUCAUCGGAGAAACUCUCCACGUGGAAGGUAAAAUCGCAGGCUUCCCAAUGCCGGAGGUCAGAUGGUUCAAGGAUGGCGUUCCGAUCCAUCAAACCCGAGCGAUCAACUUCAUCAACGAACCGAACGGAAUCGUUGGAUUUAUCAUCGAUCGCGCCACUCCAGAGGAUGCCGGCAUCCACACUUGCGAAGUGGUGAAUGCCGUCGGAAAAGCGUCAUCCGCAUCAAUCGCCGAGAUUAUUCCGAAAUCUAAGAAACCACAGUUUGUCAACGAACCAAUGAACAUGAGCAUUGUUGAGGGAUUCCCGAUCAAGAUGAACGUUAAAGUAGUCGGCUUUCCAGCGCCUUCGAUCAAUUGGUUACAUAAUGGAACCCAAAUCGCGGGUGAUCGAUUCCAGAUCACUUCGGCAAGCGAAGGUUGUUCCACGUUAACCAUCGAAAAAUCGAUAGCGGCAGAUGGCGGGGAAUACAAGGUGAUUACUUCAAACGAAAACGGCGACACGGCAUGUGCAGCCACGGUAACAGUCCUUCCAGUGACGGAUACCUCAACCGGUGAAGAACCACCGAGCUUCCUGGGAGGAAUUCGCGAUAUUACAGCAGACGAAGGUAAAGAACUCACCUUCAGUGCUCGUUUCAUAGGUAAUCCCGCACCGGAGGUUAUCUGGACGAAGGACGGCGAACCACUUCAGCCAACUGGUCGUGUUACCGUCACUUGUGAUGGUAAAAGCGUUGGACUAACGGUAUCACCGGCUGACAUGACCGAUUCAGGCGAAUAUGCGUGUCUAAUGGCUAACCCUCUGGGUGAAACUGAAACCAAGGCUUCCGCUAUCGUUCGUAAAGUGUACCAGAAACCAAACUUUGUGUACCGCUUCCCGGAUGUUCAGCAACUGCCUGGACUGGAAGCCAAGUUCCCCGCUAAGUUGGUCGGUAUUCCACGUCCGACUGUUCAGUGGUAUAAGAAUGAGACACCUAUUGACCCGAACGAUCGCUACAGAAUGAAAUACGAGGGUGAACACUGUUGUUUGUAUAUUAAAGAAUGUGUUGAAUCCGAUACCGGGCUGUAUUCUUGUGUCGCAACUAAUCGCGAAGGCACCAGCACCGUAGAGGCCAAACUGGAUGUUGUAUCUCAACUGACCAAAGGCGAUGAACCUACUCCAGCAUACUUUAUGAAGAAGCCGGUCGACAUUAGAGUGCUCGAAGGUAUGAAGGCUAAGUUUACGGCCUGCGUAGAUGGAUUCCCUCUACCUACAGUUGAGUGGAUACGCGAUGGACAUCGUUUGGUACCGAGUGAGAAAUACAGAAUUGAGUCUGAUAUCAAUGGCCUCGCUCGUCUCAUCAUCGAUGACGUUCAGGAGGAAGAUCUUGGACGAUAUACUUGCAAAAUUAGUAACAAUUUGGCCGAAGUUUUAGCUCACGCAAAUCUUCACUUUGAACCAUUGGAUGCUUGUCCAAGGCGUCGUUAUGGAAAGAGUAAGGACAAAAAUUACCUACAUACUUCUCCGUAUCCGCUUAUGGACAAACCAAUAAUUUCCAAACUAUCCGACCGUCGACUGACAUUGUCCUGGAAGCCAUCGAUGACUACAAUCCCACGACAUCCCAUCACCUAUCAGAUGGAGAUGAUGGAACUACCCGACGGCGAUUGGUACACCGCUCGAUCCGGAAUCCGUAGUUGCUCGUGUGAAGUACGCAACCUGGAACCGUUCCGUGAGUACAAGUUCCGCAUUCGCGUCGAAAACAAGUAUGGAGUCAGUGAACCGAGUCCCUACGUGCAAACCUAUAGACAGAAAUUGGAGCCUAGUGCGCCAGUAUUCUAUCCAUAUCUUGGACCGGGACGCGAUUUUCGACCAGAUACUUCACCGCUGUAUCCGCGUAACUUCGACGUCGAGCGUGCAUCACACCACGAUCAACGUGAGGGAAUACCACCGGAAUUCCUACGCCAAGAAUUCCCCGUCCAGUACGGCACCAAAAACCACAACGUUAGUCUGUUCUGGUUCGUGUACGGUUAUCCGAAGCCAACAAUGACCUACUACUUCAACGAUCAGAAAAUUGAAGCUGGCGGUCGUUAUUGCUUCAGUUAUACCAGAAACGGGCAGGCAACACUGUUCAUCAACCGCAUGAGCGAACGUGACGUGGGAGUGUACGAAGCAGUGGCUACCAACGAACAUGGUAGCGUAAGGCAACGAGUCUGCUUGGAACUGGGCGAGUUUCCACGAUUUUUACAGCGCCCGGAAGAAGUGUUCAUCAUGGGACGCCGGUCGGGCCGUGUAGAGGCAAAGAUUACCGGGGUGCCUUUCCCUGAUGUGAAAUGGUACAAGGACUGGCAACCGAUCACAGAAUCGACACGACUUAAGAUGAUCUUUUACGAGCCUGACACUUGGGUUCUACUGAUCACCGAUGCGAUCAAAAAAGACGAAGGCUUGUACUCGCUGAGUGCUCGUAACGUCAUUGGAUCCAUUAGUUCUUCGGUAAUGGUGCAUGUUGAGGAUAACGAGGACGAUUACGUGUACAAUGCCCAUCACCGAACUCCCUAUGUUCGAGCUAGGAAUAAGGUUUGUGAUGACUUUUACGACAUCGGUGAUGAGCUUGGAAGAGGUACCCAGGGUAUUACUUACCAUGCUGUUGAACGUGCCAGCGGACGUAAUUUCGCCGCCAAAAUUAUGCACGGCAGUCCGGACUUACGGCCGUUCAUGUUCAAUGAAGUGGACAUCAUGAAUAUUUUAAAUCACAGGAAGUUGAUUCGUCUCCACGAUUCGUUCGAUAUUAGCAAGUCAUUAACGCUGAUCCUGGAACUUGCCUCAGGUGGGGAGCUGGUUCGCGACAAUCUGCUGGUCCACGACUACUACACAGAGCGUCAGAUCGCUAUCUACGUGUACCAAAUCUUGCUGGGGUUGGAACAUAUGCACACCCGUGGAAUUGGUCACAUGGGUCUUACGAUCAAGGAUCUUCUAAUAGCUCACCCCGGAAGCGACAACCUGAAGAUCUGUGACUUUGGAUUGUCGCGUCGUAUUGAAGAUGAUAAGCUGUACACGUUGGACUACGGAAUGCCCGAGUUUGUGGCACCGGAAGUGAUCAACCGUCGUGGUGUUGGUUUAGGUCAAGAUAUGUGGAGCGUCGGCAUUAUCACGUACAUCCUGCUGGGAGGAAUCAGCCCAUUCCUGGGUCGUAAUGAUCGCGAGACCCUCACCAGAAUAAGAGACGGAAAGUGGACGUUUAUUGGCAGUGUUUGGGAGUUUAUCUCCACUGAGGCACGUGACUUCAUCACCAAGCUGUUGGUAUAUGAAGACGAACGCCGCAUGACCAUCAAGGAAGCCCUGAACCAUUCAUGGUUCGACGUUAUUUACAAGCGAACUUUCGAAGAGUACCAGAUCGGUACGGAUCGUCUGCGGCGAUACUAUUACCACUACAGAGAUUGGUACACCAACGCAUCUUGUCGCACCUGGUACCGUCGCCGUCCAUUGAUGAGCUGCUUCGACCAUCCUUCGAAGAUGAUCUACCCAUCCGGAAUAAUCUUUACCCCUGAAGGCACACCACCACCGGUCACCGUCGAUGAUAUCCCGCACAAGCGCAGGAAGUGGGACGAAUACGUGUCUAAGGAUAUUCAUCCAGACUAUGAAACAGCGUCGUUCAAAUCCGAAAGUCAUUACCAGUACGGACCGGAUACAUAUCUGCUACAACUACGCGACACCAACUUCCCUUGUCGUCUGCGUGAAUACAUGAAGAUCGCCAAGCAUCGUUCGCCUAGUUUACUCAGCGAGAGUAAUUAUGAUUCAAGCCUUCCAAUCAUUCGCGAACGUCGUCGUUUCACCGAUAUUAUGGACGAGGAAAUCGACGAUGAGCGUAGAAGCCGUAUCAGUCGCUAUGGUACCGAUGACAGUAUAACUAUCAGUCGUCGGCUUCGCACCGAGGUUGGAACCCGGUUGGGUUCGUACGCUGAAGCCGAAGCAUUAAUCGAAGUCAAACGUGAAGGACAUCCGCCGUUCUUCCGCGAGAAACCGCCGACGAUCGCAAUCCGUGAGGGCGAACCAAAUCAGAUAAUUUGCUACGCCGUUGGUGACCCGAAACCAUCGGUAACCUGGUUCCACAAUGAUAUGGUUGUUACCGACAGUACUCGCAUCAAGGUGCUGGAUGACGUUGAUGGUCGUUCCGUACUUCAGUUCCAUCCAGCAUCGCAUAGCGAUUGUGGUAUAUACAAAGUUGUUGCGAGUAACAGGAUCGCCAAGACCGUUGCCCGUUGCCGGGUGGUGAUCGCCAUUAUUCCAGAUGCCCCGGAUUGCCCAGAUGCCGUGGCAGCCAGUGACACCGAAGUUUUGCUACGUUGGAAACAGCCGAGAAGCGACGGCAACUCACCGGUUAUCUGCUAUAGCUUAGAAAUGAAACAACAUGGAAAAGUGGAUUGGGUAGAUGUAGCCAGCAAUAUUGAUCAUGAAUUCUACUUGGUGCACAGUUUGACACCGAACACUGGUUACCAGUUCCGAUUGGCUGCUUACAACCGAAUCGGAUGGAGCGAUCGUGGCGUUGCCACGAAGAUGGUGAAUACCCUGGAAGUCGGUGCUCCAAAGAUUCAAAUCACUAGAGCCAUGAAGCAGCUACAGCAGUUGACUGAAUCGGGUCAGCAAACUGCACCAGAAGAACGAUCAGGCCGUCUGGACUAUAGCUACGAGAAAACUCCGCUGAAAUGGAGCAUCGAGGGCAACUACAACGAGAAGUUUAGUUUUAUGUCGGAGAUCUCGCGAGGACGUCAUUCGAUUGUUGUAAAAGGAUUGGAAAAAGCAACCGAUAGGAUCGUCGUAGCCAAGAUCUUCGAGCUAGGAGAUGAACGCGUAGCGGAUGCGGCGGAACGUGAGUACGAGAUGCUACGUACGCUGCGACAUGAACGUAUCGCUUGUCUACUGGCUGCCUUUAAACCGAAAAACACUUCGAUAGCAGCUCUGGUACUGGAAAAGCUGCAGGGUGCCGACGUUCUAACCUAUCUCAGCAGUCGUUCAGAGUACAGCGAACAAAUUGUAGCGACCAUCAUUAGCCAGAUCCUGGAUGGUCUGCAAUACCUGCAUUGGCGUGGAAUCUGUCAUCUAGAUCUGCAACCGGACAACAUUGUCAUGUCUUCAGUCCGACAGGUUCAGAUUAAGCUGGUUGACUUCGGAGCGGCGCAACCCGUUUCCAAGCUCGGUAACAAUGUCCCCAAUUUAGGCUGGUUGGAUUUCACCUCUCCCGAAGUGCUGAAUGGUGAAACCGCUUACCCACAAACCGACAUUUGGUCGGUUGGUUGUCUUGCAUAUCUUUUCCUAUCGGCCACCAGUCCGUUCCGCGGAGGAGACGAAGCCGAAACCCGAGCCAACAUCAGUUUUGUUCGCUACCGUUUCGAAUAUCUCUUCAAGGAAGUCACCCAGGAGGCAACACGCUUCCUCAUGCUGACGUUCAAGCGAGCUCCAACUAAACGUCCAUCGGUCGAGGAAUGCUUCGAGCACCGAUGGCUCGUCCACACCGACUUCAUGACCAAGAAACGUGAACGAGCGAUCUUCCCUGGUAGCCGUCUGAAGGACUUUUCCGAACACUACCACACGAUGAAAACGAACGAGGCCACCAAGUCGGAGACUAUCUCUAGCAUCGGUGGUCAAUCCCCUAGGCAGCUGCUCAGGUCCAACAGCAUCCAGGAGGAGCUGUUGACCACCUUCUAAGCACUUCCACUGUAGUGCACUUUUUUCGUUACGUUUCUAUCGCCUUUAAAAACCUUCAAUUAUUUAUUUAUUUAUUUACUGUUCAUACUAAUAUUUCUUGCUUCAAUUUUCGCUAGCUUUGUACAUAAUAAUAAAGAAAAAAAACUUAUUUUUGUAUAGAAAACAGUCAACCGAAAGUUUAUAUUUUGAUAUAUGUGAUAACCGAGUCGAAAACAAUUUUUAUAUGAUCUUUUAACCGAAACUAUAACCACAAAUACGUUACACAUCCCUGAAGAAACGACUCGGACCAUAUAUACUGUCUCUCUAUCUCGCUCUAUAUUGUGUAGUACGCUAAGGAAAACAGGUAGAAUCGCGCCUAAGCAUAUGUAACUGUUAGAAGAACUAUAUAAUAAAAUAUUUGUUCUUGUAGUAAAACCUCAAAACCAUAAUAUCGAAGUACGGAGCCAGUAGGCACCGCUUGGAAACCGGAAAAUUACGUGUAAAAUUUUGUUGAAUUUAGUUCGGUUUUAGACGUUUAAAUAAUCAACCCACUUGGAAGCUUUGGAAAAAAUAUGGUAACCUAUAUUUUCGUUCUGGUUAUUUUGCCUUCCUCAACGGGGAAUGGCUAUUUGCGAUAUUUUUUUUUAUUUUAAUAAAUAGUUGUGCUUA